UGGCCAAGAGCGCCAGGACAGCGCCUUUAAGUCACCAAAGAGCCACAGGACUUGCUUAAUUUCUUUGGAAAUAAUCAUUUGUAACAGAGUGCCUGUUUUCAGCUUUAUCAAUAACGGUCGGCGGCGAGGUGGAGUUUCCAAAGAAAGAGAAAUAUUGAAUUGGCUUGAUCUUUUUCUUUCUGUCAUUUGGAACCGCAAAGGAUAUUUGGGGAAGAGCGCUGUGCCUUUGGAGCUGCCAUUCAAAAUGACAGACGUCGUUUCGGCAAUGGAUACAGAGCCAAACAACCCGGCGAGUGUCCUCGAACUGGAGUCAGAUCACAGCCUUGGUUCUCCUAAGAGUCUGCCACUGGACCUGAUUGACACAGGAAAAGGACUGAAAGUACAAACCGCGACCCCUCACCUGGUCAGCCUGGGCAGCGGAAGGCUCAGUGUAGCCAUUACUUUACUACCUCUAAAGGAGGGAGUGACACGCAUUGGUCGUGAUGAUGCCCCUGAACCUCAGGACAUCACUAUUGAGGGUCCCGGCAUUGAAGCCGAACACUGCAGGAUUGAGAACAGAGGAGGGGUCGUCACUCUUGACCCAUGCAGACACCUGUGUUCACUCGAUGGAGUUCCUGUUACCAGACCCACACAACUUACGCAAGGUUACACACUCUGUUUGGGUAAAUCUUAUAUCUUUCGCUUUAACCAUCCUGAGGAGGCCAACCGUAUGAAAAGCAUGCUGCCUCAGAAGAGCCCCGUCUCUCCACUGGUGUACAGCACAGAUUAUCUGAAGUUCAGCAGUGACUUCAGUCAUUGUCUGGGUGGCUCUGGCUCUAGAGGGAUGCGCUCCGUUUCCGAACUGCGGGAUUUGAUGGACACUUUACAAAAAAAGAAGCAGGCAUUGGAGAACAGCUUGCGAGCCAAUGGGGAUUCAAGCCCCUCCUACUUCAGCGUGACACAGUCUCCUCCCACCACACCCAAUUUGCUGUCACCCAUCAUCACGUCCUCCCCAAUAUCCUAUCAAGAACAAACCCGCCGAUUGUACAGCUCCGAAAGGCCACCACUUGCGGCCAAAGUGCCAGGACAUUCGUCCAGCGGCAUGCCUCCAUCUCCUCGCCGUUCUGACCCUCGAGAGCGUGACACAUCACUUCCUUAUUCUCGACCCAUGACCCGGAACCAAUCUCAGGAUAGCCUGCUCCUCAAUACAUCAGACAGUCGCCGUGCUGGGACCUCAUGCUCAGCUCUCUUGAUGUGGAACGGCUCAUCCACCGGUGCAACUGAUUCCCUCCCUCCAACACCAGUGGGCGGUAGUGGUGCAGCCAGCAUGCCAUCUAGUCCCCGUCUGUCUCGUAGAUUCAACACCCCAGAUGCAGGCCGUAAUGGAGGACUUGAACCCGCUCCACGGCAACGAAAUUACUCUGCUGGGUCACUUACAGGCAUGAGCUCGCACAGUCGCUCCCUACCACGCCUCUAUCGACCUGCCGACAGUCAGCUUACCCUCCUGCCAAGUUAUCGGUCUCCUGACAGCCAGCUUUCUCGUCCAACUGGUGCUAGCCACCAGAAUGGUCAUUCUGAGGUAGUCUCCAUCUCGCUGUCCAACAGACCUGUUACCAAACACACCGUAGCCCCUCCGGAUGUCACCAUGAUAUCGGGAGAAGCCACCAGCCCCCGCCAGGCCAAGAAGGUGAGUUUGACAUCCAUCAGCUGUUACUCAGAACUGGACAGGCAAGCCAUGCGUGGUCCCUCGCCAGGUCUGGAGACUGGUCUCGGGGAGAGGAGGCUGUCAUUUGGAAAGGCAGGGCUGGGUUCGCCGAGUGGCUUCAGGGAGAGAAAGGGCAGCAUCAGCUCUCUCAGCGGAAAGGAAGAGCUUCAAGACUACCAUCAGAGACAGAGGGACGAAAGACUGCGGGAACAGGAAGUGGAGCGACUGGAACGUCAGCGUCUGGAGACUAUCCUUAAUCUGUGCUCUGGGCUGAACCGUGCAGAGCAGGACAAAACUGGCUUGGCCGUUGCAGACUUGCAGAAGAUCAACAAGGAGCUGGAGAAAUUACAGGUGUCAGAUGAUGAGCCUACGUUCUCAGACUCUGCAAGUUUGUUAGCCAGCAUUUCUGCUGAAAAUUACUAUGGGCUUAAAGCCCAGGAGACCCAGUCCAGCGAGGAGAGACUGGUACGGCAGCGCAAGAACAGUGGACACAGAGAAGUCAGGGUGGAGACAACAGCUGUCCUUAUCUCUGCUCCCACCCCUUCUCCUCGGCUGACACGGAUAAACAAAGCGCCUGAGGAUGACACACAGCUGAAGUUGGACGUUAGACUUAUCGAGGAGGAGAGGAUCCAGGUCCUGAAUAAUAUGGAAGAGUUAGAGCUGAAGAUCAAAGACCUGGACAACCAGAUGGAGGAGUCCAUCAGAGAGUUGGAAGUGGAGCGCGCUCUGUUGGAAGGCGAGCAGGAUUCGGAGACGGCUCAGCUACAGCAGGAGAAAGACGCUUUGGAGCAACUUAAAGAGAAGAUGGCUGACAUUGAGAACAAAGCACAGACGGAAAAAUCUCAGGACAAAGCCAAGCUAGAUGCGGAGCGUGUAAAGUUAGAGCGACUGGUGCAUCUGCUUGCAGAGCAGAAGACUCAGUUGGACACCUGCCCCGAAGCCUUGAAAGAGCAACUUCAUCUGCAGCUCUGCAGGGAUGCAGAAAUGCUAGAGGUGGAGACCAAGCGGUUUGAAGACCUAGAGUUUCAACAGCUGGAACGAGAGAGUCGUCAGGAUGAGGAGAAAGAGACUCGGACACAACAUAUUCUCAGGGAGAUCGCAGAAUACCAGAGGAGCACCGUCACACGGAAGGAGAGGCUCCUGGCCCUGAAGAAACAGCAUACCCAGAUUUCCCAGCAGGCUCAGAGGGACAAGGACAACUUUGUGAAGGAAAAGAACAAUCUUCAGAUGAUGCUACAGCAGGAAAAAGAGAAUCUCAUCAACUUGGAGAGGAAAUAUUCUAAGCUCACUGGGGCAUUGGGUUUCCCUGUCAGGCCCAUCAGUAUGAAGGAGGAUUGCUUCCAGUUGGCCGACGUGUGUCCACCUCAUAGUGAAUUUUGCCAUGCCCACAAAACCCUGCCUCCACUUCCUGCUGACCUGCUGAUGUUUUAUUCUCUUCUUUCCUCUCUGACUAUCAAAAAUGCUGAGGGCUAUGUUACAGUCAAUGAGAUCAAUGAACUGUAUUCUCAGCUGGGGGUAGAUCCCACCCCAGCCCCCCUCCCCAUCCAAGCUCAGUCUUCUCCUGACGCCCCUGCCACAGGGACUGACCCCAGUCCUGCAGAGAGCACUGCCCCGCCGGUAGAGGGUGAGCAUUUCCGCACCCUAGAAGAAAGGAAGCGGUACGGUAAGGGAGGCGGAGCUCAUUUGAGUGACACUCUUCCUCGGAAGAAGACCCAGCCCACCAUAACCCCACAGUUCACCUGUGCCACCCUGGGUCGUAACAUACCCUCUAAAUCUCAUCCACCUUUAGCUCAAAGCUCCAGCUGUGGGAGUGUGUUGAACCGAGACCUUGCCAUCUCCCCUAAAGAGACACACAUGGAUACACACCGCCUGCUCAAGGGGCACAGUCAGCAGCACAUUGGCGAGGAGCACCGAACGAGGUUGAGUGAUCUCGGUGGCCGCGCAUCCUCACAGACCAACGUCUACCUGGAUUCCUUUGGUUACCAAGACAACAGCCGUGCCUUUGACACGCUGAGUGUGGACAGUUCAGACAGCAUGGAAACCAGCAUUUCUGCCUGCUCGCCCGACAACGUCUCCAGCGUGUUGAUUGCCAUGAUGACGGUGAAACUUCGUGAGAAACAGAGAGUACAGUCUCGUCCUCUCACACGCUACCUACCUGUAAGAAAGGACGACUUCGACCUUCGUGGCCACAUCGACUCAGCCGGCCACAACACAGAGACUUGUUACCAUGUCUCCAUCACAGAGAAAACCUGCAGGGGCUUUCUUGUAAAGAUGGGCGGCAAAAUCAAAACAUGGAAAAAGCGCUGGUUUGUCUUCGACCGUAACCGCAGGACCCUGAGCUACUAUGCAGAUAAACAUGAGGCCAAACUGAAAGGAGUGAUUUAUUUCCAGGCCAUAGAGGAAGUGUAUUACGACCACUUAAAGAGCGCCCACAAGAGUCCAAACCCUUCACUUACCUUCAGUGUGAAGACUCAUGAUCGUGUCUACUACAUGGUGGCACCCUCUCCAGAAGCUAUGAGAAUAUGGAUGGACGUUAUCGUUACGGGGGCGGAGGGAUACACUCAGUUCAUGAUAUAGAUGUUGUCUGCCAGCAGAGAAGGAAUAAAAUGUGCAGUGUGUGGACUUAAAAACCACCGGACUUGAUCUGCCCUCUUUCACAUGCUGGUUUCAGUACUGAUUCCUCCAAACGCUGGACUGAUCUUAUUAUUUUUGCGUUCGUAUCUGUUUUUCGAUGUCAAUCCACAGUAUUGAAGCUUUUCUCUUUGCUGCCUUUGUUUUUUUGUUUUUUUCAUGCAACUUUUACUUGUUGGCCCAGAUGAUGGAAUGGAGCACAUAUCCUAUAAGUUUGUGUGAAUGUUUGUGCUCGUGUCUUUUGGUAUUCCGUCUGUCUGAUUUUGUGAAGAGAGAAAGACUUGUUAAAUGAUAUUCAGUGCCAAUGUGCCACUUUGUGUGUGGUCUGUUUGCUACCUUGUGUACAGGGCCUCAGGGACACACACAUUAUGAUAUAAACAGCUGUCAGCUGUUCUGCCAAAGAUGAAAUGCACACUGACCACACGCUAUCGAGUUUAUGUAUAGAUGCGUGUGUUGGUGUUUGCCAGUGCCUUCAUUUCUGUAUUAUACUGAUAUAUGCCUUUAUACUCAACAUUCAGAUUAAUCAAAGGUGCUAUAAAACACGCAUUUGUGGCUAUUUAACACUACAGUUAUUCAUUACAAAUGUCUCACAACUUCUGAAACACUAAAGCUGCUUGCCGUUCAGGUAUUACACAGAUUCUAAAGGAUAGAACAUCCCGUUUUGAAUUAUUCUACACAAAGACUAGGUUUUUAGUAUGUUUUAUAAUACUUGAUCAUUGUAUCAUAAUGCAUAUGUAACAUUUGCAUUUUUAUGAACCGUAUUUAAUGCUUUUAGCCCGUUUUUAUGCUUUCAUUACUUGUAUUUGGUUUGACAACAUCAGAAAAAAGAAAAAAGCAGAUGAUCCCUAGAAUUUAGCUUCAGGUUAAGCCGGUACUACAACACAACGUGUCCUUAAUUGUCUACGGUUUGUGUAAGUACAAUUUUGUGUUAGUACGAUUUUAUUAGUAAAAGUCCAGUCAGACUGAAUUUCAAGUGUAAUUUCACUUUCACCAACAGGGGACGACAGCCAUCCGAGACAUUCACACGUGCUGAAUAUGUUAAGCUUUCAUCUGUGAAUAAGCUACAGCUAGUAGUCUGUUUUGAAUAUUGUUAAUACUCAUUUGAGAUGUAUAUUUAUACUUUUGUUUACCAUGCAUGCACCUUUAUUUUUGCAUACCGAAAAUAAAGCAGAUGUA